AUGGCCACAAACACGAAUCUCCUCUUUGGUCCAUUGCUCAUAGGCGUCUUUCUGAACUGUAUACUGUACGGCGUGGCUGUCGUCCAGGCGUUUAUGUACUUUCAAAACUUCAAGAGAGACACGCUAUGGAUCAAAUGUUUCGUAUUAUACCUCAUAGUCGUCGAAACGAUUAAUGCUGCUUGCGACAUAGGCUUGAUCUACGAGCCAUUGGUUCUGCGUUGGGGGGAUGAGAGGGCUACCAUAGUGUCUCCUAUCAUGCUUCCUUCUGAUGCCAUUGUGACGGUGGUUAUCUCAACACCGGUACAGCUUUUCCUUGCUUGGCGAGUCAAGGUCAUGAGCAACUCCAGUAUAGUUCCGAUUAUCAUCGGCUUUCUCGCCAUAAUAUCUCUCCUUGGCGGAUUCGCAACAGGAAUUACCGUGUCAUUUAUCAAUGAAUAUGCCGAGUUCCAUAGAUUUGAAGGGGCGCCUACAAGCUGGCUCCUCGCGUCUGCUGCGGCUGAUGUAUUGAUCACGGCUUCUCUGGUAUGGAACUUAUACCGGAGGAAGUCGGGCAUACGUGUUACAGAUGACGUCGUUAACAGGAUUAUCCGUUUGACCGUCCAGACGGGACUCGUUACAGCGGCAGCCGCCAUAGCAGAUGCUAUCAUAUUCGUUGCAAGCACAACGACUAUAAACUAUCUGUUCGAUUUCCCUCUCUCAAAGCUGUACACUAACUCUGUAUUAUCGACGCUUAACGCUCGGGGGCGCUGGAGGUCCAUGUCUCGUCCAAGGGGAGACGAAUGGAUCAAUCUGUAGGGGACCUUGAGAGUGGAGGACCGGUAUUAUCAAACGACGUUUAUGACAUCACGUUGGAGGAUAACCCAAGUUCAUCUACUGAUGCCAAGUCAACACACGCGAUACUGCAGCCGGAUACAACGCCUAACAAUGCCGAUAUGGGUUCUUUCGCUGCCGGAAAUGCUGUGACCACUGAAGCGGGACGUUUUGUAGACCCUCUCACCGAUGGACUGUGACAGUGAGAGCCGUACAUGCACUUCAGGCAUCGAAUGAGUUCCAGUUAAUUAUAGUUAUUCGGACAAAUACUUACACAAUACAUUACGGUUUAAGCAUC